AUGUUAGAGUCAGUUUCUUUUAUUAAAACACCAAGAGCAAAACCUACACCACCUGCAACAAAUGAAUCAGGAGUUUUAACUUCUGAAUCUCCAACAAUUCAUAAUGCUCCAUUACCAGCUGAUGGACCAGGUUCAACAUCAUUCUCAAAUACUAUAUUAUUUUCAAUAAUGUCAUUAAUUCCAGGUUAUAUUACAUAUAAAUUAGGAUUUGGUUUUAAAGUUUGGUUAUUUUUUUUUAUAAUUUUAGCUAUACCUAUUUUAAUGGUUUAUUGGACAAUUAUGUCAACUUUUAGUCCAAGAAUUAAUGAAAAAGUUAAAUAUCCAAAUAGACCAAUUUCUUAUUAUUUAGAAUAUCAUACUCCAGAAUUAAAAGCAAAAUAUCAAGAUUCAAAUAAUGGUAAAGGUAAAAAAAUUCCAAUUGAAACUUUUCAAGAAUUAUUUUUUAAUGGUAAAGUAAGUUUUAAAGGUGAUGCAUUAGAUGUAAUGGAAUAUAAACAUGAUUGGGCUAAUUUUAAAUUUACAAUGGGAUUAUUUAGAUUUUUUUUAUUAGAAAUGAUUCCUGAAGUUAUUUUCCAUUCAAAAUCUCAAGAUGAAGAACAAGUUAGAGAUCAUUAUGAUCGUGGUGAUGAUUUUUAUACUUGGUUUUUAGGUCCAAGAAUGAUUUAUACAUCUGGUGUUAUUAGUGAUCCAUCAAGAGAAGAAACUUUAGAAGAAUUACAAGAUAAUAAAUUAAAAGUUAUGGCUGAAAAAAUUGAUUUAAAACCUGGUGAAUAUGUAUUAGAUAUUGGAUGUGGUUGGGGUACUUGGGCUACUUAUGCUUCUACUCAAUAUGAUGCAAAAGUAACUGGUGUCACUUUAGGUAAAAAUCAAUGUAAAUGGGGUAAUCAAUUAUUAAAAGAAUAUGGUAUAUCAUCAAAUCAAAGUAAAAUUGUAUGUUGUGAUUAUAGAGAUUCUCCAUCAAGUGAUAAACCUAAUGGAUUAUAUGAUAAAAUUACAUCUGUUGAAAUGGCUGAACAUGUUGGUAUUAGAAAAUUAACUUCAUAUAUGGAACAAUGUAGAGAUUUAUUAGAUGAUGAUGGAUUAUUUUUUUUACAAUAUUCAGGAUUAAGAAAAAAUUGGCAAUAUGAAGAUUUAGAAUGGGGAUUAUUCAUGAAUAAAUAUAUUUUCCCUGGAGCAGAUGCUUCAACUCCAUUAAGUUUUGUAUCAUCAUGUAUGGAAUCAGUUGGAUUUGAAAUUGUAAGUGUUGAUAAUAUUGGUGUACAUUAUUCUGCAACUUUAUGGAGAUGGUAUAGAAAUUGGUUAGGUAAUAAAGAUAAAGUUGUUAAUAAAUAUGGUAUUAAAUGGUAUAGAAUUUGGGAAUUUUUUUUAAGUUCAUCAGUUGUUGCUAGUAGAAAUGGUACUGCUACUUGUUAUCAAUUUGUUUUAAGAAAAAAUAUUAAUAGUUAUAGAAGAAUUGAUUAUGUAUUGAAACAACAAGGUUUACAAGGUGCUAUUAAAGGUAAUGGUCACGAAAAUAGUAAGUGGGCAAAAGAAGUUGUAAAUUUAUAUGAAGGUUUAUAG